UUUCUGUCAGUUCUAGUUGGUUAACCAUCACGGCGGAUGGCGUUUUGUUUAGGGUGUAUGUAUGGUAGUUAUCUUUGAAAAUAUCGGUUGCUCCUCCACGCGUGGUGCCAAAAACAGAUUAUAACGUUAUACUAGUGCGCGUGGUACCUUGUAAGACAGCUUCUUGUUUUUACUCCUGGUAAACCAAUAGAAUCAGUAGUGUGAGAUGAUCGAAUUAUCUAGCGGUAUUUGUUGAUCCUGUAUCGUUCAAUUAUAUUACUCAAGAGUUGCAAGGAGAAAAAAUUGUAACCGUACAAUGAUGUCAGACUGCGUAUUGGAGAUAGCUAAUAUUUUCCAUUCCACUACGGUGGAUCAUGAUGGGAACUGUUUUGCCCGUGCUGAUCCUACCACUGUGCUAAGAGAUGUUUCUGCUAGAGUUCACGGAGGCGAAGUUUUGGCAGUUUUAGGCUCCAAGGGCUCAGGAAAAAGGGCUUUACUAGAUGUCAUCGCGGGAAGAGCAGGAGGCGAAACUAGGGGGCGAAUUACUUUAAAUGGCAGUUCACUUACCCCUGAAUUAUUCCGACGUCAUGGUGGAUACGUCGCACACAGAUGUCAUCUAUUACCAGGCUUGACGGUGCGGCAAAGUUUGCUCUAUGCAACAUGGCUCGCAGGCUUGAGCAACAGAGAUGCUAGGGUCCGUCAAACACUUGCUGAUUUGGCCCUAUCUCAAGUUGCCAACAGAUCGGUCAGCGAUUUGACCCGACCUGAGUAUAGGCGCCUUAUGUUGGGAGUUCAACUAGCUAAGGAUCCUGGUCUACUGUUACUGGAUGAACCGACGUGGGACACAGAUCCACUCAAUACAUAUUUAAUUGUCUCCAUGCUGUGGUCCUACGCGACUAGAAGAGGAUCGAUAGUUGUUUUAACCAUGGAAACUCCAAGGUCCGACGUUUUGCCAUUUGUCAGUCGAGUAGCACUGCUCUGUUUGGGAGCUGUAGUUUAUUCUGGACCCACAAGGAGCAUGCUGGACUAUUUCGCCUACAUUGGUUUCCCCUGCCCAGAGUUGGAAAAUCCGUUAAUGUAUUAUUUAUGUUUAUCGACUGUGGAUCGACGUUCGAGGGACCGAUUUUUAGAGUCUAAUCAACAAAUUUCUUUACUGGUGGAAAAAUUCAAAAUCGAAGGAGUUUUAUACAUGAAAGAGGCACCUCAAAAUCCAACUAGCAUAAAAGAUUCCCAGCUAGGAGGAAUGCACAAAGGUUUAGGUCGCGGUAUUAAGCCAGGAUGUUUUUCUACACUUUUUGCUCUUUAUCUGAGGGGUAUGGCAGCUACUUUUGCAUUCAACAGAUGUGGCCUGGGACAUUUGGCUGCCAGAAUUCUAUUGCUACCUUUUUGGGUAGCGCUUCUGAGCAUUCUCUACGCCUACUCCAGUCCUGUCCAGUCUAGGAUAUUCUCACAGACAGGAGGACUGAUUCUAAAUUUAUUAAUUUUGUUCUACGUUACCGGUACAGCAGUGACAGCUCUUCUCUUUCCAGGGGUUCGGGCAAGGUAUUAUCAGGAGAGGAGAGAAGGAUUAUACGGCGGAGCGAUGUUCAUAAGCGCAUACACCUUGUUGAGUUUACCGAUGAGUUUCAUUUCAACAGCUGGAGCAGUCGGUAUUUUAAUACCUGUUCUUGAGCUGGAACUUACUUCGUGGGCGUAUAUUUCUGGCAUACUUUGGGCCAGCUACGUAGCAGCAGAGCAAGUUAUGAUAGCGAUACUCAUGAUAAUUGGGAGUCCCAUGACAGGAGCGUUGGCUGUUAUUUAUGUCACAUUGACAUCGAUUGUAAUCGGCUCUGGGGGUAUUCGAAGCUUUAGAAAUUUACCUGACUGGUUAUCAGCUGUUUCAACAGCUCUGCCCACAAGGUACGCAUCUCUAGCUUUAAAUCAAUUGGUGAUCGAUGUUCCUGGAUUUUCGAACUUGCCGUAUAACGAGACCAUCUCUUGUCCUGGAGAUCCGAAUUUCUGCCGCUAUCCCGAAGGUCAAACAUAUCUGAUAGAACGUUUCACUCGAGAAGGUGAAAAUCUCUCCGAAGUACUCAACACCAAUUUGAAUUUGUUGAUAUCCUUGGCCUUUGCAUUCGGGCUAGUGAUACUGAACAGUGUAUUGUACUUAUUGCCUUUACCUGCUAGUAUCAAAGCUAAAUUUAGGGAAUAAAAGUUUUUCAUACAACCUACUGGAACAAUCCAAUUGACUGCACUUAUAUUUAUUUGUAAUCCUGGUUAUUUUACAAUGUCUGGAUAUUUAUUUACCAAAGUAAAAAUAUAGAUGCCUGUACAUAUAACUGUGUUAUUUAAAAUUUGCGGACUUGAAAAAACCACGCAUCUAUCUUUCGUACCGGUACUGUGAUAGCAUUUAUACAACAUAUAAAAUCUUUACGAAUAUUUUUCUUUUACAAAAUUACGAAAUCAGUA